GAUAGAGAGAGCAUUUUGCAAAAGAGAAUGUGUCCACAUCAUACCGAGCACCAAAGACCACCAUAGGUGUUGUUGUGGUCGACUGAUGGGUCAACAUGUUGGAUUGCCUCCUGUUAUUUCCAUCAGUCAGAAUGAAAGUAUUGAAAGCAGAAUCACAAAGAAUGAUUUGCACUCGGAGAAGUGGUCCAUCAGCAAACAUACCCAGCUCAGCCCCACAGAUGCCUUUGGAACUAUUGAAUUCCAAGGAGGAGGGCACUCCAACAAAGCUAUGGUAAUAAGCAAAUAUGUGCGUGUUUCAUUCGACACAAAGCCUGAUCUCCUGUUACAUCUAAUGACAAAGGAAUGGCAGCUGGACCUCCCUAAGCUACUCAUCUCCAUUCAUGGAGGCCUCCAAAACUUUGAACUCCAACCCAAACUCAAGCAAGUAUUUGGAAAAGGUUUAAUUAAAGCUGCAAUGACAACAGGGGCUUGGAUAUUCACUGGAGGUGUGAACACAGGGGUCAUUCGCCAUGUAGGAGAUGCACUGAAGGACCAUGCUUCAAAGUCCAGAGGAAGAAUCUGCAUUAUUGGCAUCGCUCCAUGGGGAAUAGUGGAGAAUCAAGAGGAUCUGAUUGGGAAGGAUGUGGUUCGACCAUAUCAAACCAUGUCCAACCCCUUGAGCAAGUUGACUGUGCUGAACAGCAUGCAUUCACAUUUCAUCCUGGCAGACAAUGGCACAACAGGAAAAUAUGGAGCAGAAGUGAAGUUGAGGAGGCAACUGGAGAAACACAUUUCCCUGCAGAAGAUUAACACCAGGAUUGGACAGGGGGUUCCAGUGGUGGCACUCAUUGUGGAAGGUGGUCCCAAUGUUAUCUCCAUUGUGUUGGAAUAUUUACGGGAUACCCCUCCUGUGCCUGUGGUAGUCUGCGAUGGCAGUGGGCGGGCUUCAGAUAUCCUCGCCUUUGCUCACAAAUAUUCCGAAGCCGGAGGGGUAAUCAAUGAAUCUUUGAGAGACCAACUGCUUGUCACCAUCCAGAAGACCUUCAACUACAGUCGCACACAGGCUCAGCACCUCUUUAUAAUUUUAAUGGAGUGCAUGAAAAAGAAGGAACUGAUUACUGUCUUCAGGAUGGGAUCAGAGGGACAUCAGGACAUUGAUCUAGCCAUUCUAACAGCACUCCUGAAAGGGGCCAAUGCUUCAGCACCAGACCAGCUCAGCUUGGCUUUGGCCUGGAACAGAGUAGACAUCGCUCGCAGUCAAAUAUUUAUAUAUGGACAACAGUGGCCGGUGGGCUCCCUGGAGCAGGCCAUGCUUGACGCUCUAGUUUUGGAUCGUGUAGACUUUGUGAAGUUGCUGAUUGAGAACGGGGUGAGCAUGCAUCGCUUCCUCACCAUUUCCAGGCUUGAAGAACUCUACAACACAAGACACGGUCCACCAAACACUUUGUACCAGCUCGUCAGGGAUGUUAAAAAGCGGGAAUAUCAAGCUUUCAGCUGGAUCUAUUUUCAGGGGAAUCUCCCUCCUGACUACAGGAUAAGUUUAAUUGACAUUGGACUAGUGAUUGAAAACCUGAUGGGAGGUGCAUAUCGUUGCAAUUACACUCGGAAAAGAUUUCGAACCCUGUACCACAACUUGUUUGGUCCCAAAAGGCCCAAGGUUCUGAAACUGCUGGGAAUGGAGGAAGAGCCUCCCAUGCGAAGAGGCAGGAAGACAACAAAGAAAAGGGAGGAAGAUGUGGACAUUGACUUGGACGACCCCGAGAUCAAUCACUUCCCCUAUCCUUUCCAUGAGCUGAUGCUCUGGGCUGUCUUGAUGAAGCGGCAGAAGAUGGCGCUGUUCUUCUGGCAGCACGGUGAGGAAGCCAUGGCCAAGGCUCUCGUUGCUUGCAAACUCUGCAAAGCCAUGGCCCAUGAGGCCUCCGAGAAUGACAUGGUUGAUGAUAUCUCGCAAGAAUUAAACCAUAACUCCAGGGAGUUUGCUCAGCUUGCUGUCGAGCUCCUGGACCAGUCAUACAAGCAGGAGGAGCAGAUGGCUAUGAAGCUGCUGACCUAUGAGCUGAAGAACUGGAGUAACUCAACCUGCCUGCAACUGGCUGUAGCAGCCAAGCACCGAGACUUCAUUGCUCACACCUGCAGCCAAAUGCUACUCACUGACAUGUGGAUGGGGAGGCUCCGAAUCCGCAAGAACUCAAGUCUGAAGGUUAUUCUGGGCAUCUUACUGCCUCCAUCGAUCCUGAGUCUGGAAUUUAAGAACAAGAAUGAGAUGUCAUACAUGCCACACAACCAAGAGUCAGCCUUGCUGGGGAAGGAAGUGGAAGAGCCAGAGAAACCUGUCAAAGAGAAGGAGGAGGAAGAUAUGGAGUUCACAGCAAUGCUGGAUGGGGUGAAUGGAGAAUCUGUUCGAAAGAAAAAUGAAGAGGAAGUACCAACUGUACAUAGAAUGAUUCCCUUUGGGAGAAAGAUUUAUGAAUUUUACAAUGCUCCAAUUGUCAAGUUCUGGUUUCACACGUUGGCGUACUUUGGCUACCUGAUGCUUUUUAACUACAUUGUUUUGGUGAAGAUGGAGCGAUGGCCGUCAGUGCAGGAAUGGAUCGUCAUAUCUUAUAUCUUCACACUUGGCAUAGAGAAGAUGCGAGAGAUCCUGAUGUCAGAACCUGGGAAAUUGUUGCAGAAGGUGAAGGUCUGGCUGCAGGAGUACUGGAAUAUCACGGAUCUCAUGGCUAUCCUGCUAUUUUCUGUUGGGAUGGUGCUACGCCUGCAAGAGCAGCCGUUCAUGAGCUACGGCCGGGUUAUCUACUGCGUCAACAUCAUUUACUGGUACAUUCGCCUAUUAGACAUCUUCGGGGUCAACAAGUAUCUGGGGCCUUAUGUCAUGAUGAUUGGAAAAAUGAUGAUUGACAUGAUGUAUUUUGUGAUCAUCAUGCUAGUGAUAUUAAUGAGCUUCGGGGUAGCGCGACAAGCGAUACUUCACCCCAACGAAGAUCCUUCUUGGAGGCUAGCGAGGAACAUUUUCUACAUGCCCUACUGGAUGAUAUAUGGAGAAGUGUUUGCUGAUCAGAUUGACCCUCCGUGUGGGGCUGGUUUGACAGAAGAUGGUAAACGUCUGCCACCUUGCAUAACUGGAGCAUGGAUCAUUCCAGCUAUAAUGGCCUGCUACCUCUUAGUUGCCAAUAUUCUGCUGGUGAAUCUCCUUAUAGCAGUGUUCAACAACACAUUUUUUGAAGUCAAAUCGAUAUCGAACCAAGUUUGGAAGUUUCAAAGAUACCAGCUGAUUAUGACCUUCCAUGAGAGACCUGUCCUGCCUCCUCCACUAAUCACUUUCAGUCACAUGACCAUGGUCUGCCAACUUAUUUGCUGCCGCUGGAGGAAGCAAGAGACUGAACAGGAGGAUAAAGAUUAUGGACUUAAACUCUUCAUCACUGAAGAUGAACUAAAGAAGCUGCAUGACUUUGAGGAGCAGUGCAUUGAGGAGUAUUUUCGAGAAAAGGAUGAUAUGUUCAACUCUUCAAAUGAUGAGAGAAUCAGGGUCACUGCUGAACGGGUCGAUAACAUGUCGAUGAGGCUGGAAGAAGUGAACGAGAGGGAACACUUCAUGAAGGCAUCCCUGCAGACCAUGGAUGUCAGGCUGGCACAGUUGGAGGAGGUGACAGGACGCAUAGCAUCAGCCUUGGAGAGGCUAGCUGGCAUGGACAAGGGAGAGUCAGGCAAGGUGAGAUCCAGGACUUCCUCUGACUGCACUGACACGGCUUACAUCCUGAGGCAGAGCAGCUUCAACAGCCAGGAGGGCAACAGCUACAAACUCCCAGAAUGCGGGGAGCAGGCCGGAGAGGAGCCCAUGUCUCCCACAUCACCCACCAUCACGCCAAGGAUGAGGAGCCACUCCUUUUACAUGGUGAGCCCCAAGCCUCAGGCAGGGACGGAGCGGACUGAGUUCUCCUUCAAGGAGAGGUCCCUGAGCCUACAGAGGACCAGCAGCUCGCAAAUGAUGGCCGUGGUGAAGGAGCUGAAACCCGGGCCCCCGCCCCCUGAGCCCGUCCCCACCACAGCCCCAGCAGCUGCCUCGCCAGAUGGGAAAAGACCAUCGUCUUGUAUCGACAUCUACGUCUCAGCCACUGCGAAGGAGGAGGAGGAGGAAGAAGAGAAGAUGGCGGAGAGUUCCCUGAAGGUGCCCACUGGGCUCGGGCCAUCUGAAAUGAUGGUGGUCAUGCUUGGCAGCCAGGGCUCUCCUCUAGUAUCCAGCCAGUGGCCAGAAGGGAGUGGGACAUACGAGGAGAUGUUUAUCUCAGACAGCCAGGUGGUAGCCCCAGAGACUGCACUGACAGCUGGGGAGUGCCUGCAGCAGUGGGAGGCUGACCCACCCAUGUACCACACCUUGGAGCGCUCCAAGAGCAGCCGCUACCUAGCCGCCUCCAGCAUCUACGCGGACGACUCGCCGAUGGUCAAGUCGCACAGUUUUGUCUUCCCCUCACGGGGCUACUACGGCUGCUGCCUGGGCGUUCCUGUCAAAACGACCGAGUACACCAGCAUCACCGACUGUAUCGACACCCGCUGCGUGUCUGCCCCGCCCCUCGGCAUCGAGCACCCGCACUUGCCCAGCGGCUCGGCCGGACUGCACUCGGGCAGCCUGGACGAGUUGUGCGCCUCUCACCCGGAGAGGGAGGCCGAGCUCAGCCAUCCGAGUUCGGACAACGAGGAGGCCGAGGGAGAGGGCCGGCCACCUGAGCCGCUCUGCAACAACAGCAGCCUCCUGGUGUGUGGCCCGGACGCCGUGUCCCCACUGAGCCGCCUGGGCAGGGCCAACAGCUACACCGCCUCAGAGCCCAACGCGCUGGCAUCGCACACCAGGAAGAGCUGCUCCAUCAGCGGCAGGCUGGACACGCAGUGGAACUCCCUCCGCCUCCAAACCCCAUGCCAGCGUGGCCGCCCCUCUGAGCCAGACCAGGGCAUCUCCCUGAAGACUCUGUCCAGAACGACGGCUUUCAAAAGUUUCGACAGCAGCAAGCACAGCUUCACAUAA